AUGGCACCUAAAAGAGCUCGAGGAAGACCCACUAAUAACCGAGAGAAUGAAGAAGAAGGAAACCGAAACGCGAACCAGAACCCUGAUAUAGCACAACUUCUAGAAUUGGAGAUAGAGAAGGCUUUUGCCUUAACAAAUGUUGGAGAUAAUCAGAAGGUGGAGUAUGCUACUUAUUUUCUUAAGGGAGAAUCGAACUAUUGGUGGGAAACAGCAAAAGCUUUAGAACCCGAGGGGAUUAUUACUUGGGAUAGGUUUAAGAGAAUAUUUUUGGAUAAGUACUUUCCUUGCUAUAUGCAAACACAAAUGGAGAUGAAGUUCUUUGAAUUGAAGCAAGACAAUAUGACGGUUGGGGAGUAUGAGAAGAAGUUUACGGAAUUAUCUAGAUUUAUGGGAGAGUAUGUUGAUUCUGAAGAGAAGAGAGCGAAGAGGUUUCAACAAGGACUAAAGCCGUGGUUGAGAAGUCGGGUGGCAGCUUUUGAAUUGACUACUUACGCUGAAGUACUUCAAAAAUCAAUGGUAAUUGAAGGUGAAAGUGAGCAGAAUUAG